AUGAGCAAAAACGACGAUGUGAUGGACUUCAUCAACUCGCUUCCAGAUCUGCACCCGGGCACGCCAGCGCCGGGCGACUCGUCUAACGCUGGCAACGACGACUUUUUGGAGUUUCUUGACGAGUUGUCUGCCCAUGAGAGCGCUACACCUUCAAAGGCGAAGCUUGGCCCAAAAAAAGAGAAAAAAACCGACAUUGAGAAAAGAAUGUCCUCAAGUAGCACGCCCGUCGUGAAAGCACAGCAAAAUGAACCCGAAAGUGCUACUUCUACACCUACACCUAAACCUAAAGAAGACAUUUCACUUCUCAAUGAAAAAAGCGCCAGUGUGGAGUGGCAGGAGAAAAUUGAGGAGGCUGCGCAAAUGCCAGACCCAUUUGCGUCGUUGUCUCUGUGGUGGUCAUCUGAGGGUUCGAAAAAGGCGCUGUCGUUGUGGGGCUCUUUGACGUCCAAUGCGCUGCAAUUGGGUGAACAAACUUACCAAUUGGCGUCGAAAACAUCGCAGGAGCUUAGCCACUCAAGACAGAAGCUUUUGAAGGAAAACCCGAAGUUGGAAAAUGACCAGGUUUCCCACAUCACCUCUAGACUCAACUCCAUACUCACAACAGUUUCCCAGCAAAUCAAGGAUGGGCUCAUGGACCGUGAGGAUGAGUUGUUGAAUAUCAUGCUCGUGUAUGACGUGUCCAACAUGGACUUCUUGGAUAAAGUGUGUGCAGCCAAGUUCAACAGGGUGAUGUCUCAAGUGGAGGGAGGCAUCAAAGUCACAGUGAGUAACUUCAACCACCGCCAUGAGCCGAAAGAAAGUCUGGGACCAUAUUAUGAUUUGGAUAUAUUCUUUGGCAAGAUGAUUGAUGGAGAAAAGUUGUGCUAUGCCAAUCUCGAUUCCUCAAUCAAGGAUUACCUCAGGAUCACCGAGCUGGAAAAUACCGACCACAAGGAUUUAAAAGAUGCAGAGGAGAGGCUAAUGGCAAGAGAUGGUGACUUGGAUAUAAACAGCAGCAAUGUGUUCAUUGCAAUUCAGCCUAUCAGUACCGGAACCUCCGAUAAGCUCAAAGAGAUUCAAAAGGAAUCUUCUGGUGGCCCUGUACUUAUUGACACGACCAACAAUGAAUCGUUUGCAUUUGCAUUGAUUUUGAAGGAUAUCACCAACAAAAUCACCAUCUCCACAAAGUCUCAGCCGUUCCCCUUGAAGUGGGCUCGCUGGGUGGCGGGUGACAGGAGAGACGUGGAGGAGUAUUUCGGCAGUGACAAUGACGAGGCAGUCGAUCCAAGCGAGUGGGUUAAGGAAUGGAUUCAAGAGGGUCUCUCGCUCAGUCUUGCUGUUUUGGCACAAGAGUACGUCACCAAGAGAAUGGGCAUAUAA